AUGUCGACCUUUGACGGCAUCGUGAGGGAGUUCCCUUCCAUUCGAAUUGACAAUUUCACAAACUACCCAGACGAACCGCCACCGCUCGCGUGUUUCCUCAGCCAUGUCCACAGUGACCACCUAAAAGGACUCGAAUCGUUCAAAUCGACAUUUGUCUAUUGCACUGCUCAAACUCGAGAGCUACUACUACGGCUUGAGAAAUAUUCUCAUCGGAUGAACUUCGCGAAAGGCAUUCUAGAAUCAAGAAAGCAAACAUAUCGUCGCCUGAAAAAUCACAUCAAACCCAUCCCUUUGGAAACGCCGACCGAGAUUGAGCUGGCUCCUGGCCAGUCCAUCCGCGUCACUCUAUUUGAUGCCAACCACUGCUUGGGAUCAUGCGACCUUCGAUCGGAGACAUGGUGGGUGAACACUCUCAUACGCAAUCCGGUUCUUCUGCCAUACAGGAAGGAUACGCGAAGACUCGACAAUAUCUACCUUGACACCACUUUCACCUCCAGCGAUACCCUGGAAUUCGAGAUGCCUACCAAGGCCGAAGGCUUGAGCGAGCUAAUAGAAAAAGUCUCUCAAUAUCCUUCCGAUACAGUAUUCUACCUCAACACAUGGACUUUUGGGUAUGAAGAAGUUUGGAUCGCUCUUGCCGCUGCUUUGAGGACUCGGGUGCACCUCGAUGACUAUCGUUGGCGGCUUUACUCUUCUCAAAGAGAUCAACCGACUUGCUACGGGCCGCAAACUGCGCCUCUAGUAGGCUACAAACUUGGAAACCACGAGCAUCCUGGAUGUUUGACAAAUUCGCUGGAAGGAGUCCGGAUCCACAGUUGUGAAAGAGGAACUCGCUGUGAGGUUUUUCAGAAUCCACGCGUAGUAUGGAUUACGCCUAUCAUAGUUCGGCACAAAGGUCACGAGAUCGCUGAGAUAGGCGCUGGUGGAGGCCAAGGCGAUCUCAACCAGACACAUUCACUGGAGCUGUAUGAUCAGGGGACCGUCCAACAACUCCUGAUGAUAUGCCGCAGGGUCCUUCAAGCUCAACCUGAUCUCAGGGAUCAAAUGACGCAGUGGUUCUCAACUCUCAUGAAGAGUGGUAAGGAAUCCAUUGACCUUGAUCUUGAGAUCCUACGCGAUGAGGUCGAACACACGAGUCAAGACGGUAAGCCCGUAGACGAGUUCGACAUGGGCAAUCUGCCUAUCGAUAAAUUGGUGCCGGCACUUACAAGAUUGAUCACUGGCAAGUCAGAUCAGGAAGCCGAAGAUCGUCGAGAGCAACAGCGGGAGAUUACAUUUCCAUUCUCUCGCCACUCAUCCUAUCUAGAGCUCCGCGAACUCGUUCAAGCUUUGAGGCCGAAGGAUAUAUAUCCCUGCACGGUUGAUCCAUCAACUUACACGUAUGAUGUCUCAAUGGAGAUGUUGUUCGGGGACGUUUGCUCUGCCAACAUCUUCCACGCGGACAAAGAGAUCCAUGCGGAGUUGGGGAUCAAAGAACCAGAAGCUGAUGAUGAAGAAUCAGAACGGCGCACACCAUCACCACAGAGGAGCAAGCCAACUUCCAUACCGCCGCAACCCUCGGAUCCAGCCCCCGAGCAUGCUCGGAUAGAGCAGACAAUUGAGAUGACAGGAAUUAAAGCAAUUCAGAGCCGCAGCUCAUCAACAGUAAGAUAUGAAACGCCAGAUAAAAGAGUCAAAAGAUCGAGGUCAACACGCAGCACUCCGGGUAGUAACAAGAGUGAAAGGAACGCGCACAUGGACACAAUGUUCAAUGCUGCAUUGGGACGAAAGUGGGAGAAGGGUUAUCUUACCAGCGUCAAUGGCUAUCACAAUCAAGAGCCAGAGAAGGAGCUUUAGCCCCGACUAUUGCUCCCAUUCGGUCAGCAGACGCCACACGAUAUAAUGCUUAAUUCUUAUGUUCUUGCUAAGCAUUUGCGAGGACAACUGAUUCGAAGUCCACAUAGGGCUUUCUGAGCUAGAG